CAGCGCUGACUCCGCCUCCCAGGAGAAAGCGCACAUUCCUAUUGUCCAAGAUGGCGACCAGAGCGCAGCUCCUCCGACGCUUGAGAUGUUUUCCAGCAGCUUUCGCCUUUUCGCUAAAUGUUUGAACAUGCCUCGGCGCUUCGGGCCGGAAGUGGCGCUUUAGGAAAACCGUCUCCCGCAAUCUGGUUCGGGCUAACACCGCCGGACGUCGCUCUCCAGCAAGGAUUCCUGUCGCCGCUACUGCCCUCCCCCCCCAGCUGAAGUCGGAGCUCCAUCUCCGCACCGACAUGAAGAGGCAGGCCGCUAGGGAGAGUCCUGCUAGGGCCGCAGCUCGGCGGCUCCGGGAGAGGGACCGAGAGAGCGGCCGCCGAGAGGAGCUUCCCCCGCCGCCCCCUCUUGCUCUGCUGCUCGCCGACAGCCGCGGACAUCGACGGCGCAGCAGGAGCAGGGAGCGCGACAAGCCUCUUCAUCCGCGGCACGACGUCAGCCUGCUGGGCCGAACCACCCCCGCGCGGGACUAUAAAACGCUACUCAUCAGCAACCUGGGCCAGCAGGUCCCGGACGAGGACGUGGAGGACGCGCUCUUUCACGAGUUCAAAAAGUUCGGUGACGUCAGCGUCAAACUGUCGCACACACCCGAACUGGGCCGCAUUGCCUACGUGAACUUCCGGCACCCAGAGGACGCCAAGGAGGCCCGGCACGCCAAGUCAUCCAGGUUGGUGCUGGCAGAGAGGCAGCUCAAAAUCGAACCCGUGUACGUCAGGAGGCGGAGCGUGACACCACCUGACGUCACUUACUUGGCCUACCGACAGAGAUCACUCUCCCCGCCCGGACCCACGCUCAGCCUCCGCGAGCUCCGAGCCCGCCAAUAUGCCCUGGAGAGUCUGAGCCGCGAAAGACUCCUCGACUACUAUGGUAUGCUGGAUGAAAGGGGCCGGCCUUACGGCUUCCCACCGGCGCCGCUGCUGGACGACUUGAAGCCGGAGGAUGACCAGCGUGCCACCAGCAACCUCUUCAUCGGGAACCUGGAUGGAGGCGUGACUGAGGCCGAGCUGAGGCGGGGCUUUGACAAGUACGGCGUCAUCGAGGAUGUGGUCAUCAAGCGUCCCGCUCGCGGCCAGGGCGGAGCCUACGCCUUUGUCAAGUUUCAGAACCUGGACAUGGCCCACCGGGCCAAAGUGGCCAUGCAGGGCCGGCUCAUUGCCGGCAAUCCCAUCAAGAUUGGCUACGGCAAGGCCAACCCCACCACGCGUCUCUGGGUGGGCGGCCUCGGCCCAGCUAACUCGUUAGCUGCCCUGGCGCGGGAGUUUGACCGCUUCGGAAGCAUCAGGAACAUCGACUACGUGAAAGGUGACAGCUUUGCGUACAUACAGUACGAGAGUUUGGACGCAGCCCAGGCCGCAUGCACACAAAUGAGGGGCUUUCCUCUGGGCGGACCCGAGCGACGCCUGCGAGUAGACUUUGCUAAAGUUGAGGAAAACCCCGCCCGCCCCUUUCCUCCUGGCUACCAGCAACCCGUCCAGCUCCUGCCACCCUACGACCUCCUUGGGGAGGCGUACGGACGCCAUCGCAGCCUGGAGCGUGAGCUGAGGGGCGGAGCCAGGCUGUCCCCACCCUCCCACAGCCUCCCCUCCCAAAGGGACCGAGAACGCACACUACUGGAGAGAGACUUCACUGCCAGCCCCCCACGCGGCGCAGACCGGAGAGUCAGUGGAGUCGAGGCUUUCGGGAGGAGCGCCAGAGGGGGGCGGAGCCGCAGCCGAAGCCGGGAGCGUUGGCUGAAGGAGCGUGAGGAGAGGCGAGGUCGGCGGCGGAGCCACAGUUUGUCGGCCGAGCGUGAAAAGGGGAGGGUCAGAGCUCGCACGUCGCCUGAUGCCAGCCCGGACCGAGCACGGGUUCGAGCCCCCGACUCCACCACGGAACCACGAGACCACUCCCCAGACGGUGCUGUGGGCGCCUGUCGCUUGGCCCCUAAGGAGUCAGAGUCUCCGCCCACUCGUCACCACAGCAAACGAGCCUCUGCCGAGCAGCUGGACAACCACCAUGCCCCCACCGCCUUGUCCCCACCCCUCCCGACCAAUGUGCCCUCCUCGUGUCCUGGCUCGCUGUCAGAGUUCGCCCGGGGGACGCUGUCCAAGUCGUGGCGUGGCUUUUUUGCUCUCAAGAACAGCAGCUUCCCUACCGAGCUCUUCCUGCUGGAAGGCGGAGCCUCGUUCUUCGCCGGCGUCAUGCGGCACAACCGAGAGCAGCUCAAGAUCGCCCAGCGCCUUCGCAUGGAUCAGAGCCGCUUGGACGAGGUGUCACGACGCGUCAAACUGGGUCGCCCUGACGGGUUUGCCGUCCUGCUCGCUCUCCAGGGACCCGUGGACCGCCAAGCCCCCGCCCCCGAGGCGGGCCUUCAAGUGCGCCUGCUGCGACACCUGGUAGCCUACCUGCGCAACAAAGAGGCGGCUGGCGUGGUCAGCCUGCCCCCCGCCAAGGAGGGAGGCCCAGGCGCCAUGCUGUACGCUUUCCCACCAGGAGACUUUUCUGUGCAAUUCCUGCAGGCGGCCAAGAGGGCGGCGACACGUCUGGACGAGGAACACAUGGUGGUUGUCAUCGUUAACGACACUAAUUGACCUUGUUAGGAAGUCCAGGUGUUCAUAUUGAAGUGACUCCCAACAUAUUGUGGGCUUCUUGCCAUAGUGAAACACUACAUCAUGAUGACUGCGUCCUAAUGAACAUGAGGGCAUUUGAUGUCAUUUUUUUAACACUAUCAAACUUCCCCCCAAACAGGAUGUAGAAAUGUGUUACGUUACGCCAGAGCUGAAAAUGUUGUGCUGUUUCCAUGGUAACCUUUUUAACGGACUAUGUUUUGAUGUAUUUGUUUUUAACAGUUGUCAUGUAAAGAACUCUUUACUCCGAGCCUGCCGUCAGUUUCACUUUUUACUGCUAGUCCACACAAACGUAGACCAUUAGCCAUGCU